GUUGGAGCAGCACAACUCUGAAGACAGCGCGGUUCCUUAUUCCUCCUCACUAUCUGCCUGGGAGUCUGGAUGCUGGGUGCUGGGAUGGUGAGGAAAGUGAGGUGCAGAGAGAAAAGAGUCCCUGGAGCAACCUCAACAGGCCCGAACUCCAACAGCCACCGCAUUCCCUGGGCUCUGGCACCUUCUAGGGCCUACUGAGCUCUGCCUUCGUUGCGGUCGGAGGACUGCCAGACCAUCUUCAGUCCAGUUCCUGGAUGAGCUGGGCUCUUCCUUGACACUGGUGCCCAGUCACCGGCCCAUCUGCCCAGAGCAGACCCACCCACCCUUCGCACAGGGUGAUGGAGGGGCCCUCGGAGGAUGGGAACGUUUCCCUAGACUCCCAGGGCCAUGCCACUGACUGGAGGUUUGCGGUGUGCAGUUUCAGGGAUGCUUGGGAGGAGAAGGACCCUGCUUCUCAGAUACAGGUUAAGGACCCCAAUCCUUCAAGACCACUUGCAGGGGCAGCCCAGAGCAACAAGCCACAGGGCAGGCCCAUAGCCAUGGAGCUUCAGUCAUUUCCAGAACCCAGGGCGGUGGAUGGGUCAAGAGAUGGCCAGAGGACUGCAUUAGGAGGCUCCUCAGUUCAGCCACAGGACCCAGACCUCCCUGGAGUGGAGAGUCUUCUGAGUUCCUUGUCCUCCCAUCUCAACCUCACUCAGGAUGAAAGUGACAACCCAAGGGAAAGUGUGGUAAGGGGUGUAGGUCCAGGCGGUACAUUGCCAGCUGGUUUUGUUGCUGGAGGGUUGCUGUCCAAUUCUGUGGUCCUUGGAGACUCUCUACCAGAGACUUCAUCAAAGCUACUGAAGACAGACCUCAGUGGAUCCAGCACUCCUAAGCUUGCUGACUGCCUCUUAGCCCAAGACCUCACCUGGGAGCUGCUGGCCAGUGGCAUGGCUGCCUUGCCAGGGACUCGGGAUGUAGAAGGCCGAGCGGUGCUGCUGCUCUAUGCCCACAGCUCGGCCUGGCUUCACCCCAAGUGCAGCAGCCAUGAACUCAUCUGUCUCCUGCUCUACUUGCGAGGAAUCCCCAGGCCCGAAAUUCAGGCUCUUGGACUGACUGUAGUAGUUGAUGCUCAAAUAUCUUCCCCGAGUUCUUCUCUCUUCCGGGGGCUCAGCCAACUACAAGAAGCAGCUCCAGGGUCUGUACACAGAGUGCUGCUAGUGGGAAAGAUGCCUGAGACACUGCCUUCCGGGCUGCAGCUGGAGCAGCUGCCCUCCCAUCAGAGCUUACUGACCUACAUCCCCACUACUGAGUUGCCAACUUCGCUCGGAGGACACCUGCCCUACUGUCACCAGACUUGGCUGGAUUUCCGGUUGCGCCUGGAAGCCCUACUGCAGAGCUGUCAGGUGGUUUGUGCCCUGCUCCAGGAGGCCAUUGAGAAUAUGAAGGCCGUGCCCCGGCCCAUGGCACCUGGGGAAGUUGAUCAGCUGCUACAGCAAGCACAAAUCCUGAUGCGGCAGGUGUUAGACUCUCCACAGCUAGCAUGGCUACAAUGCCAGGGGGGCUUGGAGCUGGCAUGGCUGAAGCAGGUCUCAGAGGUGACCCUGAGCCCAGACUGUAGGCCAGCCGUGGACAAGGCUGAUGAGCUGUAUGGCCAAGUGGAUGGACUACUGCACCAGCUGACCCUGCAGAGCAACCAGCGGAUACAAGCCUUUGAGCUGCUCCAAACACUGGAGGCCCAGGAGGGUGGGCUGCGCCAGACUGAAGUGUGGCUACAGGAGGUAGGCUGGCCAGCCCUGGAAGAGCCAAGGGAGCCCUCACUGGACAUGCUGCUCCAGGCCCAAGGCCCUUUUCGAGAACUGGACCAGGUGGCCCAGGAGCAAGUCAGGCGAGGUGAGGAGUUUCUGCAGCCCCUGGCUGGCUGGGAGGCUGCUGAACUGGGCCCCCCUGGAAUACGUUUUCUGGCCCUGAGAGCCCAGCUAACAGAAUUCUCUAGGGCUUUGGCCCAGCGGCGCCAGCGGCUGGCAGAUGCUGAGAAGCUCUUUGAGUUCUUCAAGCAGGCCUCGUCAUGGGCUGAGGCGGGCCAGCGGGUGUUGGCAGAGCUGGAACAGGAGAGCCCAGGGGUUGUGCUGCAGCAGCUGCAGCUGCACUGGACCAGGAACCCUGACUUACCUCCUGCCCACUUCCGGAAGAUGUGGGCUCUGGCUAUAGGCUUGGGCUCAGAGGGCAUCCGCCAGGAGUGCCGCUGGGCCUGGACCCGGUGCCAGGAUACCUGGCUGGCCCUGGACCAGAAGCUAGAGGCUGCACUGAAGUCACUACCAACAGGCAGCACCGCCAGUUUGUGUGUCAGCCAAGUUCCCACUGUGCCCGCCACCCCUCCCCUGAGGAAGUCCUACAGCUUUGACCAGAACCUGGGACAGAGUCUCCGAGAUGCUGUCCACCACUGUCACCGUGCAGCCACAGUCACCGCCUGCCACAGACCAGAGUCUGGAGGAGGUGCCCAGCCCCGGCCAUCCUCUACCGUGCCUCCACCCCGCAGCUCCACCACGGUCACGUCCUGCCACGGACCAGAGUCUGGAGGAGGUGCCCAGCCCCGGCCAUCCUCUGUUGUGCCUUCAGCAGGCAGCUCUGACCUCAGGAGCCCCAACAGGCUUCAGCUGGUGCUGGCAGAGAUGGUGGCCACGGAACGGGAAUAUGUCCGGGCUCUUGACUAUACCAUGGAGAACUACUUCCCUGAGCUGGAUCGCCCUGAUGUGCCCCAAGGUCUCCGAGGCCAGCGUGCCCACCUCUUUGGCAACCUGGAGAAGCUGCGGGACUUCCAUUGCCAUUUUUUCCUCCGUGAACUGGAGGCUUGUACCAGACAUCCGCCCCGAGUGGCCUAUGCCUUCCUGCGCCAUAGGGUGCAGUUUGGGAUGUACGCACUCUACAGCAAGAACAAACCUCGUUCUGAUGCGCUGAUGUCCAGCUACGGUCAUGCCUUCUUCAAGGACAAGCAGCAAGCCCUGGGAGACCACCUGGACUUAGCCUCCUACCUGCUAAAGCCUAUCCAGCGCAUGAGCAAGUAUGCACUGUUGCUGCAGGAGCUGGCCCGGGCUUGCGGGGGCCCUGUACAAGAGCUGAGUGCCCUGCAGGCUGCCCAGAGCCUUGUGCACUUCCAGCUACGGCAUGGCAAUGACCUGCUAGCCAUGGAUGCCAUCCAGGGCUGUGAUGUGAACCUAAAGGAACAGGGACAGUUGGUACGACAAGAUGAAUUUGUGGUACGCAGUGGGCGCCACAAGUCCUUGCGUCGUGUUUUCCUCUUUGAGGAGCUGCUGCUCUUCAGCAAGCCUCGCCAUGGCCCUAUGGGUGUUGAUGUGUUUACCUACAAGCGCUCCUUCAAGAUGGCAGACCUGGGCCUUACUGAGUGCUGUGGGGAUCACAAACUGCGCUUUGAGAUUUGGUUCCGACGCCGCAAGGCCAAGGACACCUUUGUGCUGCAGGCCUCCAGCUUGGCUACCAAGCAGGCCUGGACGGCGGACAUCUCCCGCUUGCUCUGGAGACAGGCUGUCCACAACAAGGAGGUGCGCAUGGCUGAGAUGGUGUCGAUGGGUGUGGGGAACAAGGCCUUCCGGGACAUCGCCCCCAGCGAGGAAGCUAUCAACGACCGCAACAUCAACUAUGUCCUGAAGGGCCGAGCAGCUCGCUCUCGGGCCUCCAUUGCUGUGGCCCCAUUGGACUACGACAGCUCCUGCUUGGGUGCCUCAAGCACCCUUCCUGGAGACCGUGCCUCUUGCUCUGUGCUGGGGUCUCUCAACUUGCAUCUGUAUAGAGAUCCAGCUCUUCCGGGUAUCCGAUGGCCCCUGUAUCCCCCCAACUUCCCAGAGGAAGCCACACUGGAGACUGAGGCAGAGAUGGGCAGCCAGCCCUCUUUGACUCCUGAAGACUCAGAGGUCUCAUCCCAGUGCCCAUCAGCCAGUGGUUCCAGUGGUUCUGACAGCAGCUGUAUGUCAGGGCAGGCCCUAGGCAGGGGCCUUGAGGACCUAUCCUGUGUCUAAGCCCAGGCUCAAAGGUGAACAGUGGAUCCAGCAGCCAAGACCUCCAAGAAACAUCACUUCUCUGGACCUGCUGUGACCAAGGCAUGACUAGUACCGGAACUACCUCCUUCCCAUGUGUACAGCCAUGUUGACUACCCUUUCUGAUGCUGUGGCCAUCCAUGGACUAGCCUGGGGCCUCUCUAGAGGUGACGGGCUACAGGGACUAAACAGCUACUCUGAUCAUAGGUUCUUGACUCCAUGACUCCUCCUCUUGAUCCCUUCCAGCUUCCACUCUGAUUUUAAGUUAAGGACAGUCUGGCAUAAAGGAUGAGUAUUUCUAAACUCUAGGCUAGUGGAGCACCGUGGAGCUCUGGGCUGUGACUGGGCUGCCCCCAGUUCUCAGGAGGAUCACAGGUGCACAGCUGGGUUCCCAGCAGUUGCUUUCUAAUCUCUAGCCUUAAUGUCAGGCUCCCUAAGAGACAAGCCCACCCCUGAAGGGCUUUUGACUGCCCCAUCAGGCUCAGCCUCUUUGUUUUCUGGACAGUUUGGUUAUUUUGAUAUGAUGCCUUUUGAACAGUUUUCACUUAAAGUUUAUUGUUAUCUUACCAGUCAA